GCUUCGAGUAAUGCCUGUUAAAAAAAAGUUUGCAAAGUGAAAAGGUGAUUAAGGGGGGAGUAAAGGAGUGGAAUGUUAUUCAUCUGAAGGAAAGCAGAUGGUUUUUAUUGACGGUGAGCCGUCCCUGCGUGCAAUCAAUGGGGCCAAACAACGAAGGAUAAACCCAAGUCCUUCACGUGAACCCGGCCCAGAACAACCUUUGUGGGCACAUGGUAUAUUCAAUACCUCAUAACGCCGAACCUUUCCCCCCCGGCGUGGGGGCGAAGCAAUGCGUGGCCGCUAUUGGUAUACAAUAAUAAUAACGAUGAUGGAUGGAUAGGUAGAGAGCGAGAGUUCCUUUAUUUAAACCAGGUGAGAGCACGUUGAGACAGCUCAAUCUCCCGUGCAAGGGAGAUCUGAGUACAUUGGGAUGGUGCAGUGCAGCGCGCGUUUUCUAUUUAGUGUUAUCAAUCAUAAGACGGUUAACUCUGUGAUGGCGAUAAUGAUAAAGCUUAAACCAGUCAACCAUUCGCAUAAUUUGCCCACUUUCUCAGAUGAUGGAGAUGGUAUUUUGUGUUUUUGCAGGAAACUUGUAAUAAUAUCAAAGUUAAGAUUGACCAUUGCAAUAUGAGUGAAACCAAUCUAUGUAAUUUUGAGAGAUGGGAAAUAUGGAAAUUUGAAUUUUUUUUAUGUUUCUAUUUGUAAGCAUGGACUCCAACUACAUUAGUGAACAUUUUAAGCGUUUUAGCCGUUAACGAACAUGGUCAGAAUUUACAUCUGUCUUGAUCGUUUUUACGUGUUGGAUGUUUUGUGUAAAACUGAGUAUUUUCAUUGUAUUUAAGAUCUACUUGUUUUGCGAUUUGGCCAUACACAAAUAUUUUCUGCCUUUAUUAAUGUAGAUGUACUGCUAUCUUAAGCAAACUUAAUGUUUCCACAGUUUUGUGAACGUUUGCACUAGGGGCAUUUUCCAUUUAAGUUGCUGCAACAUUUUUGCGUGAUACUGUAUUAAAUGUCCAAUGAAAUAAUAAUGUAUACUAUCUGCAGUAUUUGUAUGCACACUGUAUGUCAUCAUCAUAAUCACCUUCAUAAUGAGCAAUUCAGAACAGAUCUCAAUAGGCAAUCAUCACAAGCACGAUUCAAUGAUAUGCAUUUACAAAGGAAAACAUGCAUUGCAUAUUAAACCCAUGAAAGUAAAUAUUGUAAAACAAGGUAAUGCUAAAACGCUUAUUAAAUAUUACACACGUGAAAUUAAAAGUCAGAAUACACAUGAAACAAUGAUAUUACAUUAAAGACAAUUAAUGCCUAAGAAAUUGACCAUAAAUAUAUAUGCUGACUUCCAUCAUCUGCAACACACAUUGUACAAUAAUUGAUAUACCAGCAGAUAAUAUAUGUUAAGUAGUACACACCUGCACACGUGUAAUGCGGUAUAUAAUACUGUGUAUGAUGGAAAGUCUUGGCGUUGGACAGUGUGUAUACACUCGUCAAUAGAAUUGGUUAUGUGGUUUGUCUAAAUGUUUACAUUACAAUAUUUAAAAUUAUUUUAGAUCUUAGUCAAAAGUGCUUUAUGUAAUUAUAUCUGUUAAAGUAUCAAAUGUUUAAGUACUUAAGGAUGUGAGAGAAAUUAUAAUUCCCCAUGUAAAAUUAAAUGCAGCAUUGAUGCCAUCAAUGUUGAUUUCGUGGACUGCGAUGCGUGCGAUUUUUCUGUGUAUAUGAUAGAAGACACUGAAAUAAUAAUUGCGUACUAUGAUCAGUACUUUCACGUGCAGUCGGUGAAUAUCUGAUCUCUGCUCUAAAUAAGGGCCGUUGCCCAAAACAUCAGCCUUUUAAAUAUUUUUUCCUUAUAACGAAGUUUCAAUUAUUGUAUGUGUGUACUACUGCCGAAGCUAUUUUAUUUAUUUGUGUUUUUAAAGUUGCAUAAAUCCCUCUGCUAAAGAUGUUGUCAGUGUGUUUUCACAUACUUCACUUAAUCACUUGUAAUGCUAUGCUAAACCUACUAAACCAGGACUAGGAUAUAUGAGGCCAGUGUUAAUUCACUGCUCAUUGCACUACACUUUUGCAUUAUGUUUGAGAUAAUGACAAUAUGUUAAUGGUGAUUGAUGGCGAUUCAUAUCGCUGUUGAUGGCGCUAUUUUAUAAUGGUGAUGACAUUCACGUAAAUGUGUUUUGUACAAAAUUUUACGCUUCCAGAAUAAUAAUACAACGUAUCUGUUUUGUUGUAUUUUGGUUUACAUAUUUAUUUUCGAAUUGUAUCACCGUGUGCAUUUUUUUGCUGUGUGCAUAGUUGGAAGCAUUUUGAUGCCUUAUAUUUGGACUUGAAGAUAAACUGUUAUUUUCGCCAUGAGACUAAUUUGUAAUGUCACUACUUAUAGUGUGACAUAAAUAUUUCGAGUUUAUAAGUUUGUUUAAAUUACUGGCACAGGGCACAUACACAUCUGUAUUUUUUCUUAUUGCGCUUACCUUAUCUGUACACUUCAAAAGACAAUCUAAUAUUUUAAGGCACUGCAGUGUUUCAAAUGAAUGUUUAAUAGCAAUAAGAAAUAUAUGCGCUAAAUAAAUAACUGUGUUUGCCCUUGCACACACAUGACUCACUCACACUAUUUGUCAUUAACACUGCCUUGUGAAGGAAACAUAUAAUGUAGUUGGUUGACGUUUCGGCCAAUGACCCUAAUUCAGACGAGCCCCAGAGCUAUUGACUUGAAACAUCAACCCUCUAUAUAUAGUUCCGUUAUCGGGCAGUAGUCGUGAUGAAUGUCGUUUUUUGAGUUAUGCCUGCGCACCAGGUCUGCCAAUGCUGCCCGUGAUUUUUUUCUGUUUUAAUUUUGCAUCAAUGUAUGGCUCUGCGCUUGCUGCUGUUAAUAACUUCUUAUACAGUAACGUUAGGCUGCCUCAACACCCGCUGAAAGGAACCUGUCUUCAGAAGGCUAAAUCAUAGGUGAGCAGCCGUCACCUUUAAAAACGCGUGGGAUUUUUGUUCGCACUUUAUAAAUCGAAUCACAUGUAGCGCCGUUAAAUGGUAUUUUUUUUUUACCAAAAACGCUACCAAUAAUUGAGAGAGAUAUUCUUGUGUAAAAGAUCAGGGUGUUUUUUCUCCUCCCCUAAUAAUUGUUACUGAUAUAUAUAGUACACGGAAGAGCACACGCAUACCUUCACUCGCAGAAUGAUGCUUAACCGUUUGCUCUGGCAGCACUUAUACGCGUCAAUUAAAAGGGUGGGAUAGAAUACACUCCUUGAGAGGAGGGAGAAGGCCACCACUGUAAGUGCCUGGGAUGGGUGCGCGAUGUGGUGGGGGGUGGUGUGCUGGUGGUGGUGUGCUGGUGGGGGGGGGUCUCAGUCGAGCCAAUCGAUGGAACAGACACGUGUAAAAUCGACAUCCCUAUUCAGCCCGCGGUGGGGGGGCGCUUUAAUGAAUCGUGCACGUGUGCGUUAAUUGUCGAAUUGAUCGCGAUGCCGCCGCCGCCGCACGCUGGCACGCCGCUCCACUCCUCCGCAGCGGUUGGCAGCGUUUGAGAGCUUCCCGGCCGUUUCUUCUUCGUUUAAAAAAAAAAAUCUACACACACACACGUCUCUUCUUCAGUAGUUUCAACCCCACGGCGAUAUUAGCUCGCAUGAGGCGGCGAAGCAUUAGCCACCGCCUGCCAAGGAGAGGGGUGGAGGAAGGCUUCCCGCUGUCCUGUCUGUGCAGGUGUGGACGGACGGGUUGAUGACAGUUUCUGAUUUUAAAAAUCUGCAGCGUUGGCUCCAACACUCCGUUCUGGGAAAACCUUGUCCUUUAGGUUCCUUAGAAGAUGCAGUGGACACCCGAGCAUCCGCACCAGCACCUGAGCCCCUGGCAGGCGGCGGCCGUGCCCCCUCCGGUGCAGAUGCCCGUGGCGGUGCCGCCGCACCCGCCGCCCAUACAGCGGUUGGACCUGUCGGGCGUGCCGCUCCCUGGCCACAAGAGCGCCGCGGCGGCCGCGGCAGCCGCGGCGGCCGCGGCGGCCGAAGCGUACCAGGUGCACCUGCAGCGCGGUCACUCGACGUACUCGUGGGCCAACGACGACAUCUCGGAACUCACCGCCUCCAACCUGCUGAAGCGCUACGCCGAGAAGUACUCCGUGGGCGGCAUGGACGGCUACCCGGACGGCGCCGCCAACAACGGGCAGAAGCCCGAGCCCGGCGAGCAGCCCUGGUCGGGCAUCUACGCCAUCAACCCGGCCGUGCCGGACCUCAUCCGGAGCACGUCUAGCACGCCGCUGCCCUCCGGCGGGGACGCUCCGCCGGGCUCGCUGGCGGAGCAGCCGGGUUACGCCUCGCAGUCGGGCGGCGUGUCGCGGCUGAGCCCGGCGCCUCCGCCCUCCGCUGGCAGCGCCGUGCCGGUGAGCAGCGCCGCCGUAGCGGCUGCGGUGGCGGCGGCGCGCGACUACGCGCCGGCCUACGGCUCGAACGGUGGCGGCGGCAGCAGCAACGGCGGCUACCUCUCCGCGCCGGCAGGCUACCCGCAGUGCGGGCCCGUGCCGGCGUACGCCGCGAUGCCCAGCCCCGUGUACGGCUACUCGCCGUCACCGUACCUGGCGCAGCAGGCGGCGGCGGGGGUCGCCUACCCGCACCCGCACCACCACCACCAUCACCACCACCACCAGUCCGGCUCGGGGGCCUUCGUCCCGCCGCCGCCACCGCCGCCACCGCCUCCUGGGAUUUUUUCGCACGCGGCCGGGCCCGGCUACGCGGGGUACCCUGGCCACACGGCUAGCUUCGCGUCGGAGCCCGGCACUAGGAAAGCCUUCUACCCGGGCCGCGAUGGGGACCUGGAUUACGGAGGCUACCGGUCUCAGCAGCCGCAGCAACAGCAGAGGGACACGCCCAGCCCGCUGUACCACUCGUCCGACGGCCCCACGUCCAUGCAGAUGCGUGGCACGGACUAUGGUGAGGCUGCAUCAGGAGUGCCGAGCCUGGGCUUCCAGCCGGUGAAGCCGCACGACAGCUUAGAGCAGCACCACAAGUACGGCGGCAGCUCUGUCACCGGAGGUGGCGGCACCAACGGCGGGCGUGGCCCCACCGCGCCCACGCCGACGUAUCGUUCCGCAGAGCAGACUGUCGGGGUGGUGGGGCCUGGCAUCUCCUUGGAAAAUUGACAGUCUUGAAGAAAAAUAUUUCAUCCCCGGUGCGAUCUCGCCCAGUGCGGUGGCAACAGGAAUUUAAAGAAAAAUUUGUCCCGGGUGGGUGUGGGAAGUUAUUGUUGUGCUGUUGCUCGAAUGACCGUCCGUCUAAAAAAAGAUUUUAAAGAGAACAACGUGGACGUGGGAAGAAUUGGAUCGACUAGCGCUGGGUGCAUGUUUCAUCUGAGAGUUUAGAAAAGGAUGCAUCGCAAUCGCAUUUCCAGUUCCUGCGAAAAGUUCUUCUGAGCGUGCAACCAGGCGCUCGAUUGAAAUGCUACAUCACGGGCAUUUUUGUUUCAUUAUCAGAGUUUACCCGUAAAUUGUCUCACAUUCUUUGACGCAAGGCGUGUGACAUUCAUGCGGCUUGGCGAGUGUAUGAAGCGGGAUUUUGCAUUUACACCAUUCAUCUGUGGAUGUCUCGCACACUGCCAAUUUAUCAUUCGCACAGUGGCGGUAAGUUUGCAAGUGACUCUGCCCCCACGCAAGAUGAAAAGACUCCAAGAAAUACGAGCGAUUCUCUUUGUGGUCUCUACUGCAGCCAAUUCCCGUCAAAGCUUGAGCUUGUGACUACCUCACAAUGAUUGCUGUACAUUAGAUGCAUCCUUUCGUGCAUUGUCACGAAAGAUCUUUAUGCUAUAUUUAUUGGCAGCAGAUGGAAUACAUUGUGGUAAUUCUUUUCGAUAGAAAAAGUGUUCACCCAAAAGAGAGCAAAUGUUAAAUAUACUUUGCCAAAGUCUUAACAAGGAACGAAUUGCGAUAUUUCUCCAGUGAUGGGCCCAGCAAAUGUAGCCCAUGGAAGCUCCGCUCUGCCCGAUGCAGGGUUUAACGGGAAAACACUUUAUGUUUUACCACUUACCUCCUCUCGUUACCUGCCAGAUUUAUUACUGUCGAGCAAAAAAACGUCGCUACGUUUAAUUCUGAAGUACAGCCUUAGAAGAAUAAUGCACAUUGUCUUACCGUUAAGAAGCUGCUUUGUGUGUUUUGCGUGCUAUGUUUUGCAUCGAGUGCUGAUGACUCUCAUCUUUUGAAGGAUCUUGGUCAUUUUUUAUAAUUUUAUUUUUCAGUCGUGCAGAAAUUUACAAAUGCUGCACCCCUUAUUACGAUAAUAAACAAUAAGAAACAUACCCCGCGAUGAAAUAAAAGCAACAACUGUGUCUACCUAAAUGCUCGUCGGACUGAAACCAAGAACCUGAAGUCUCAACAACGGCAAAAGCGAAAGAGGAAAAAGACAAAAAUCAAUUUUAGAAAAAUGUAAAAAUAAUGGAAAUUGUGCAUCAUUUUACUGUAACUUGGGACGUGCCCAAAUGAAGCACUGCCGUUGCUGCCCGUGCCCUUGAAUGUGGUUCGUUUUUUGUGGCGACGUGAGGCCGACUGCUGCGUGCAAACCGGGACUGAGAGCAGCAGCCAUUUGCUUGUGUAUGUGAGGUGUGUUGUCCCUGUUCUGCGGGGGAGGGGUGGGUGGGUGGUCGAUGGCAGGGGCUUGGGCACGAGUGUGGUUGGCUGGGGUCGUGGGGGCGGAAUGGGGUUGCCUCGGCAAAGUGUGGCAGAUAUAAGGCGAUAAAACGAGAAGAAAAUGGGGGGGGGGGGAAUAGCGAAACGAAAGAAGUUGCAACUUUUAAAAUAUUAAAAGACAAAAAAAAGUGUUUUGGCGAAGCUCAAAAUUUUGGAAAGAAAAAACACUUUGAAAUUGAACCAAAAAAUUUGCGAAUAUAGCUUUCUUGGCCAUAGAGGCACUGUGCGUGCGAUGCACGCCACUUUGCGUGCGGUGGUGUUCAGUGUUGUAGUGUUUUGGUUUUGCUGUGUUAUUUUUUGGCUGAAAGUGAAAAGUUGCGAGCUCAGACUGACCUAUCCGUAUACCACAUGCCAAAAAUAUCGUGUGACCUAUACACAAAUUUACAGUGAAGAUUAACACCAGUGGGGAUUGAAUUUCAAAGGCAAGACCAGGAUUCGGGUUUAAAUGUUUAAUUGCACAACACUGCACAUUUCGGCAUGAAGUGAAUGGGAAGCAUGCAAAAGUUUGUUUUAUUGUGUUUGAAACACGAUUGCAGCAAUGUUGUACCAUCUGUAAGCUGUGCUUUCUGUCUUUGGUAUGACCUAACAGUAUUUAAAAUACCUUUUUUUAAAUCGGGUACUUAAUUGUACAUUUUACUACGAACCUUGUUCCUUUUGGGCAUAUAAUUGUGGACCCCACAAAAAAGGAAAAUAACAGAAUCGGAUAAAAAUACGACCGAACAAAAAAAACGUGGGCAACUAUAUGGAAAUUAGCAGAGCGAAGUGGUAUGCAGGAUGCAUGCAUAUUUAUCAGUGCUAAAAUUGUGCUUCUGGGAAAUCAUUCCCAAGAACCAUUCCCUAAAACCAUGAUGAAUUUUACAUUUGUCCAUCGGGCUGCGGUGUCGGCGACGAAAGGCAAUGGGGCGCGAUGCUCGGCCGAGAGAGGUGUAGCCUAUGCUGAUGAGAGGAGCACGCACAGCAACAACUGGACUGCGGGAGUCCGCGGGAGGCAUUUCUCAUAGAGCGGCUGUGAAUGAAUGCAUCGGGCCUGCCGCCACUCAAACUGCGGCCUCCGCCGCCGCCGCCACCACAAAAGAAUUCCACCUGGACAUAUUUCUGUGCACUGGCAAUUACACAGACACCAGGCAGGGAGCUCAGCUCUUUUGUAAUGGACCAACAUAUUUCUGAAACGCACUUGAACCCACUUAAUAUACUUAUUUGGCUUUUUCUCACGAACAAAGAAAAGUAUGGUGUCUUGGCUUGCGAUGGCUUGUGUUGGGGUGCUCGGAAUGCCAACUUUUGUUUUUAUGCUACACAUACGUUUUGAUAUAUUCCAGCAUUUAUUUCCUUUAAAUUCCACCUUUGGCUUCUUUCAUUUAGAUAUAAGUUUUCAUUAAUCCUUCAUGCAUGGCCGAGCGAUAGUGUUUGCAUAAAGUUAACAUAUUAAACAGAAAAAUGUAGCUUUAUGUAUUCAUUGGUCAUCCCAUAAACCUAGCCUGAAUUCACUCAUUUUUUUAAUAUUUGCAAGCCAAGGCUCAAUUUAUGAAUAACGUUCGAGCAUAAAAUGUGCAGUUUCAAAAUGAUUCUCAGCAUUGUGUCUGCUGGAAUUAUUUUUUCAUUCUUGCAAAUGCAGUAUGGAUAUUUAGUCGUGAAUAUUUAAUAAUGCUCAGCUCUAAAUAUGUUGUCCCCGUGGCGGUUUUAUUAACAAUUUAUUGACUAUGAACAGCAGGAAUGCAUAAUGUAUUUGCUUCUCAAUUAGCACUGGUUUAGGCAGUGGAGGCGUGCACCCGAAUGUUCGCGUCUCGUUGGCAAUUCCCAACAACAAAAAAAUAUUUGGCAAAGAUAAUCCAUCUCUAAUUAAAUUGUUUCCACUUUGUAGACGAAUGGUACUCGCUGAUAUUAUUUUUAGAUUUUUCAAGCCAUUUAAAAUAAUUUAGUGUCCACAACAUGCCCCAGCAAACUCUGGGGGUCCAUCCCUUGGCAUCCCGCAUCCCCACACAGCUUGCAAGAGCGACGCCUCACAGACGACUGCCACCGUUGAACAAGUUGGCCAUUUCGGCCUCUACACAUUUGCAUGAUCGUCAUUUUGCCUCUGCAAAUAUGGUUAAUUUCCUUAAACGUGGAGUCCGCUUGGCAGUCGCAGCGUGUGGUUGGGUCGACUACUACGCCUUGUGUGUGUCUGCCGAAUUUGGCGCGUGCCCUUGCUGCAGAUGGUAUACCGUUGCUGCUUUUACCAUCCAUCCACCCGUUGCUGGUUAGCAACAAACUGCUUUUUUAUUUGCGCUGGGAGGGGGUUAGCGGUAAUUGGUAAUUUGGUCUUUUGCUGCAUGUUGAGAGUACAACCAUGUGAAAUAUUAACGAUAUUAAGUGUUAAAACUAUUGCUCAUGCGCCGGUCACGAAAAAAAAGAAAUCAACAACAAACGACAAAUUGUUCUCAAAUAUCACUCAGGAAAGCAAUUUUUAAACACUUAAUAUACCUCAAGUCGAAUGUUUAAUUUCGUUAUUUGUUUUUCUCUCAUCAUUGCUCCGGGCACUGUGUAGUAGUCCUGUAGGUGUUUCGCGGUUCUGUAUUUCUCCCUCGUGGGUCUGCUCUGCACAUCCAGCGCCCACUCGUCGCUUUUGACCACGGACGGAAAAGAAGACAAAAAUGAAACGGUGUUAAAUGUCAGAGAGAGAAAAACGACAAACAAAAAUUGCAAAAACUGAGAACGGGCGCAGAGGGACACUGAUUGUGUUUGCUGGUGGAGGAAGCGACCGUGCGGCGCAGGGCUCCGUGAGUGCGCAGUGCUGCGUGCACGGCGAGGCAGUGGUGCUGGUGCAGUGGUGGUGCGGUCACAUUCCAUUGCGCUAAUCCGUCUGCAGCACGCCAGCUCAAGCAGAAAGUUGCGCGCCCACAACAACGGACCUUCCGCAUCACAAAUUUUCACGACCGUUGAGGUUUUUGUCUUUUAACUAAUUUAUUAUUUUUUUAAGGUUUUUUUUUCUCUCUUGUUUGGCCGCAGAACAAAGGCAACGAACAAAAAAAAAACUUCCCACCAAUGCAUUCUCAAUAAAUAAUAAGCAGUGCUUUCCCAUUACCUACCAGCAUUUUUUAAGGAAAACAUACAAUAUCGCCGUUCAAACUUGAGUUGGUGCACGUGAAUACUAUCUAAUGCCAACCUUUAAAGCGUCGCUCGAUGCAAGGUACAAAUGCAUAUCCCGUGGAUUGCGAGCUGUUUACGCUGAACAUUCAUUCUUGGGCUCUUCUGAACAACAAGGCAGCAGUAUGGUCAGCAGACCAGGCAAGCACAGGGUCACACCGCCAUGAUGCCCACAUUACGAUAAUUGUUUGUGUUUUAGGAAAAUCGAAUUGAAGCUUUUUUUUUUUGGCCCACAGAACGGUCUUCACCUUUGGCUUUAGACCUCUGACCCUGCCCCCUCUUCCCCCAUUUUACCCUUUCCAUCCUUCACCGAGCUGGCUUGCGGGCAAGUUGAGAAUAUGGAACACUUAAGUAGACGUCUAGAUUCCAAAAAAUGAAGUCCAGUUUGUUUUUUUUGGGAAGGGGGAGGGGUUUCUUUCCUCGCUCUUUGAUUGGUAAACUCAACUCAUUCUGGGAGGAAUUUUGACAUCCACGAGCAAUACAUGUUCAUCUUUCAACUUACAAAUACUGACACACGUUUAAAACCAAUUAGAUCACGUUUUAAUUCAUUCACAAUAAUGUCGAUGCUCCACAACGUUACUUUCAUGAUAUUCUUACAAAACAUGUUCCCUUUCUUUUUUGUGUUACUUUGUUUUGCAUAUGUCUCUGCAGAGAGGCCGUCCUGGGUUUCGCCUGCUGCAGUCAGAACAAAUUGGAUACAGUUUAUAGCACUUGCAUGAAUCGAAAUUGACCAAACGUAGCCCUUGGCAGGCUUACGUGAAACACGCGUAGUCGCUUGGCUUCGACCGCUACGACCAAGCCAGACCCUUCACCGAGGCCCCCCCGUUCGCGUGGCGCGCGGUGCGCCGCUGAUCCGCGGUGCGCGUGAUCGCCCCGUCGGCCUUCACCCGAGCUCACUCCGCAGAGGUGACGCUUCUAACGCGAGAAUCUCGGCGGCGCUGCCUCCACGGGAAUCCGAUUCCAGGAUGGCGGGGCCGGGGCUGGCGGCGUUAGCGGGACGCUCGCAAGGGGUCGAGCUCGGCCGUCCCUUGCAACGUAGCGAAUUUGGCGUAACAGAAAGCUGGGAAAUUGUGGAGACGUGUUGGCUGUCUGAGGAUGUGACCUUUGUGCAGCUGACCACCAACACUCGGCUUGCAAAACUUUGUAACCAUAGCUCGACUUCACAACUCCCAAAACGCCUUACAAGCGGAUUCCGUCAAAUUGUACGUGGGCAUCGUACGUACUCCCUGAGUGUGCCCCCAUAUGCAUCGCACAGAGUUCUACAUGUGGAAAUUAAAAUAGCGGCUCUAUGAAAUAGUUAACUGCUGAAACAUCGUCUUGUGUUUUGUUAGCAUAAUUUGAAUUCCCACAUGCAUCAUUUGUUUUGUCUUCAAACCUAGAGGGGAAUAAAAGACGAAGAAGGCAACAAUAGUAGCGACGCGCACAUUAAUUAUAAAGUAGAAAAACAGCGGCGCCUCCGCAGUUAAGUGUUGCCCACAUUCAUCUGGCCCCGAGCACCCGCACCCAGCUCGCGAUGAGAUCGCCAGCAGCAGCAGCAGCUUGUGCAGUAACCCACAGCAGCAGCUUGUGCAGCUUGUGCAGUAACCCACAGCCAAGGCCCUCUGUGCCGCACGGCUCCCUCCCAUUGCCCGCGCUUUCUCGCCUUGCUCCACAAGCCUCGUCUCGUUCACUCUCCCCAAUCGCCCCCAUCCACCCCCUACACCACCACCACCACCCCACCCGCUCAUUGUAUGACCUCCUUAAAAGCGCUGAAUGCACAGACAGUUGAUUGACGUCUGGUAAGGAGUACCGGGUGGUGAAAGCGAGGACGUGAGGUCUGCAGAGCGAGACGCGCAGUUCCCGCACAGACCUCAACUCUUUUUUUUCAUUUUCCUCCGACCGCUUAAGUUGCUAUUUUAAUGCAAUUGAAUUGAAUUCUAUCUUCUCCCCCCCCCCCCCCCCCCUCAAUUUGUCCUGUUAUAUAUACGCACAUAUACAGAUCUGCGCCCACUGGGAGAGCACUUGUCAUUUUGUGAAUUUCUUAGAGCAAGAGCUAGUUCGAAUGGGUUAUUAAAAGGUUCGUCUUCGGAAGACUUUCUAAGCCGAGUCGGGAGCUUUGGAAAGCUGCUGUCAGGCUAAAAUGUUUGUUUCUGAAUCAGCUUGUGGUCACUAUCGCUGAACAACAUUACGGCAUGAACGUCACAAAUGAAAGCUCAAAUAUUGUUCAAAAAGAACUCCAUGGAUUCCUCGUUGAGUCGUUUUUGUUCGUCUCCCAAACACCUAAUGGGUGCCUUUGAUUGAUGGUCACGGGGGAGAAAGCUUUAGAGCUCGGAUAAUUAGUAAUGGAAACACAUUGCUGGCUGCAGCAAUGUCUGGCUAAUGCACCUUACCCUAUCUUCUGAAGCUCGCUUGGCACUGCAUAAGAACACAGAAAGUCGCGUAGAAUAUAGUUCAGCACUCCUUUUACAUUUCAGAAGUUAAAUUAGAAACCCUUGUCACCGUGUGUGUCGGUGCACUUUGAGCAAGUCACAAUUUCUUGUUUGUAUCGUGGCAACUGAAAUAGAUGGAUGGCAUUCAUAUUACGUUCAUUCUCCCCAAUCACCCCCAUCCAUAGCUAAUUCUUUUUCCAUUAGAGUCCCGUCCCUUACAACGUUUCUUGGUCGUAAUCAAAACAACAUUUGGUGCGCAGAGUCACUUCUGCGUGUGCAUGAGGACCCAAGUAUCUGAUUGGAUUUGUCAGCUUAUUAAUUGCAUGCCCCUUAUCAAAAUGCUGUUAGAAAACAAAGCCAUGUUUAAUUGGACAACUCGCUGAUGGGUGAGCUUUUAAAUUGUAGUGUGCCGACUUUCGUAUCGCCGGACGCACUCGGCACUUAAAACCAUCAUCUCUCGCCUUCCGCAAGCGCUGCGUUACUUUUUGCCGAACGUUUUUCUUCUCGGCACGAGAGAGGUUGUUUUUCUUUCUCCCCCGUAAAUCGUACUAAUGGUAAAUUAAUCAAAUAUCGCUUCGUCUUCAGGAACGAGCGCGCGUGUUUGUUUGAGGAUCCAAAUGAAAAGAGGGAAUUUUGAGGGGUUUUUUUUGCCCCUUUCCUGAUUUUUUUUUCUUCUUCCAUCCGUCCGAUUGAGCGGUGUUUUUUUGUUGUUGCGAGCGGUGCGUUGACAAAUGCAACGGUUUGGGGGGGGGGUGCAAGAGAAGCGAGGUGUGUCGUCCCGACUUAACCAGGCCCUGCCUCACUGCCGUACCGCGUUAUGCGUCAUGUUUUGUGGUGGUGUUGUAUUUAUUUUACAGCUUUCCUUUUAUCGUUUGUUGUAUGUAUAGCCGUUACAAAAAAAAACUACGUGAAAAUCAUCACACAAAAAAAGAAAACCUGUACAUUUGAAGAACAAAAAAAAGAGAAAAUUUAAGUCUACCUCAAAAAGACUGGUACAGUAGUAAUACUGUCUCAGCAGUGUUAAUAAAGUUUUCAAAAUGUGCAUUCUUUAGUAUGUGUAGUGCGCGUAGGUCAUAGCUAAGACGUAGGGCGCUAGAGUUAUUCCUCAAUAUGAUAAGCGUGUCCUUUUUUGUGGGUCAACCAAAUUUUGUUGGUAAAAGCUUUAAAAUGUUGUCACCUCACUAGCAAAUCACUUUUCGGCUGUGUCUGUGUUGGAAACAGGACCGCGGCGCAAGCAAUGUUCCUUUUGUUUUGUUAUUUCGGAAAGUUUCUUUUGUUGUUGCUUUUGAACGUUUCGUAAAUAAAUAACCGUUGAGCUUGUUUUUGUACAAAUCGCAGAUAAUUGAUUAAUGUUGACGUACGCCGCGAUCGAGUGUGUUCGGGAUGACGAGCGGCGCAUCGUGCCACACGAGGUGGGGGAGAACGUGUUCGCUUGAACUGCUGUACAGAGUAUCCAAAUCUUGCGAUUCUCAUAUUUUGACGUCUGUAAAAGAUCGUAGUCGUGAGACCAAUGGGGGGGGGGGGGGGGGUAUCCGUGUUCUCUUUGCGGGGGUGUGUGGCGGGGGGGGGGGUCCUGACCUCGAUUCAAAAUAAAACGCCCGAUCAGUGUUUUAACAGAGAAUAGUAGACCACAAAGCAAGACAGAUAUGAAUUGAACAAGGUCAUCUCCAGUCGUGUUUAGAUUGUUUGUUUCCAGAAUGUAGUUAAUUCGCUUCCACAUCUCAUUGGGUUUUCAUGUGAUGGCACUUAUUGACAUGGCCACUGCAUUGCACGUGAAGUAAAAAAAAAGUACAAUUAAUGACUGUCUUCUUGGUUCUUUCGGUAAAGUCACGUA